GUAGGGUGGAUUUCUUUUGGUAUAUUCUAUCGAAGAUGAUCUAUAUAGAGUGGUGCUUGAGAAAGUUUGUUUUUGCAUUUUCGUCUUGUAUCUAUUUAUCUUUCUUUAUCCAAUAUCCAUCCUAGAAAAAGCUUUAGCCAUGUCGGCCUUUGUUGGAAAGUAUGCAGAUGAGUUGAUCAAGACUGCCAAGUACAUUGCCACACCAGGGAAGGGCAUUUUGGCUGCGGAUGAGAGCACAGGCACCAUUGGUAAGCGUUUAUCGAGCAUAAAUGUUGAGAAUAUUGAGUCCAACCGCCAAGCCCUGCGCGAACUCCUUUUCACAUCCGGCAAAGCCCUACCUUACCUCUCUGGUGUCAUCCUCUUCGAAGAAACCCUCUACCAGAAAGCCUCUGAUGGGAAACCAUUUGUUGAAGUCCUCCAAGAAAACAACAUUAUUCCCGGAAUCAAAGUUGACAAAGGUGUAGUUGAAUUAGCUGGGACUAAUGGUGAAACUACAACCCAAGGCUUUGAUUCACUCGGAGCACGUUGCCAGCAAUACUACAAGGCCGGUGCACGAUUCGCAAAGUGGCGUGCUGUCCUCAAGAUUGGCCCAACUGAGCCAUCUGAAUUGUCAAUCCAGCAGAAUGCACAAGGGUUGGCUCGUUACGCUAUUAUUUGUCAGGAGAAUGGUCUGGUGCCUAUUGUGGAGCCUGAGAUUUUGACUGAUGGAUCUCAUGACAUUAAGAAAUGUGCUGCUGUAACUGAGACUGUGCUUGCAGCUGUUUACAAGGCAUUGAAUGACCAGCAUGUUCUUCUUGAAGGCACCCUCCUCAAGCCUAACAUGGUCACUCCAGGUUCUGAUAGCCCAAAGGUAACACCUGAGGUGAUUGCUGAGUACACAGUGACCGCGCUACGCAGAACUGUUCCACCAGCUGUACCAGGCAUCGUGUUCUUGUCUGGUGGGCAAAGUGAGGAGGAAGCAACACUGAACCUCAAUGCAAUGAAUAAGCUUGAGGUGUUGAAACCAUGGACUCUAUCAUUCUCUUUCGGCCGAGCAUUGCAAAAAAGCACGCUCAAAACAUGGGCUGGAAAGAAGGAGAAUGUUGAGAAAGCUCAAGAGGUGUUCUUGGUUAGGUGCAAGGGAAAUUCAGAGGCAACUCUUGGCAAGUAUACUGGAGGAGGUGCUGGUGGGUUGGCUUCAGAGAGCUUGUUUGAGAAGGGGUACAAGUACUAGGCCUCUCUCUGAGUCUCUGUUUAUGACUUUACGGGGCUGGUGAUUUUAUGUAUGCAAUUACAACUUGUAUUUUCCUUCCUUGGAAUGCCAAUUAAUUAAUUUCUUUUGCC